AUGCCCCCUGGGGGCCACUGGGCCACUCCGUGGGCUGGAGGCACCGCCUGGGCUGCGACAAGUGGCCAGCCCUGGGGAGCCAGCCUGUGUCCGGCCCUCAGCCCAGCACCUCCGGAAGAUGGAAAGACCUUCCUUCCCGCAGUGCCACUGUCAGCAUCAUUAUCAGUGUCAGAGGCUGUCACUUACGGCGUUGUUCUAAAACUGACGGCACCCAACUCCACAGGCUUGUCGGCCCUGCCACCUGCACGGCCAACCCGCGCCAGCACACAGUCCUGCCCCGCCCCUACACAGACGUGUCCCGCUCGCUCCGCCCACUGCACAGUCUCGCCCCGCCCCCUGCACAGUACAGCCCCGCCCCCUUACACACCCUCGUUUCUUGCGUCAUUUCCUGUCGACGCGGAGAGGCUCGCUCGGAGCGACAAUCUCACGAAGGACUCUGUGGCUGUUGAGGAUGUGUCUGUGGACUUUACACAGGAAGAGUGGGCAUUGCUGGAUCUUUCUCAGAGGAAGCUCUACAGAGAUGUGAUGAUGGAAGCCUUCAGAAAUCUGGUCUCAGCGGUUUUUCAAAAUCUUAAUGAUGAAGAGAAAGUGUCCACUGAAAGUAUAAUAGUACGAUUCAUGAAAAAUGACACCUGGCCUUCGAUUGUAGAAAUCCACGAGUUACAUGGCAUUGAAGAUCAGGAUAACCACCAGAAAACACACGUCAGCAUGCUGCCUAUUUUUAAUAGAAGGCAUAUGGUAGAGAACCUCUGUGAAAGUAAUGAAGACAGUCAGGGUGGACAGACCUUCAGCUGGAUUCGCAAUCUUCCUGUGCUCAAAGGAACUCGUAUGGAAGCAUAUCCUUCUGGAUGCCUUGAGUGUGGAAAAUCCUUGAGGAAUCAUUCAUCGCUUAAGCAUCAUAUCAGGUCUCACUGUGGAUGCAGUGCCUCUCGGUGUAAGGAAUAUGGAGAAGCCUGCAGUUGUCCUGCCUACCUCAGCACUCCAGUGAGAGCUCUUACUGGAGAGAAACCCUAUGAAUGUAAGGAAUGUGGGAAAGCCUUUAGUCAGUCUUCACACCUAACUGAAUCCACAGGGGAGAGAAACCUUAUGAAUGUAAGGAAUGUGGCAAAGCCUUUAGUCAUGCAUUAAACCUCACUGAACAUAUGAGAACUCACAGUGGAGAUAGGCCUUAUGGAUGUAAGGAAUGCGGCAAAGCCUUUCGUUAUUCCUCAAACCUCACUGCACAUAAAAGAAGUCACAGUGGAGAAAGGCCUUACAAAUGUAAGCAAUGUGGGAAGGCCUUUAAUCAGUCAUCAAACCUCACUACAUAUAUGAGAAUUCACAGUAGUGAGAGGCCUUUUGGAUGUAAGGAAUGUGGCAAAACCUUUCGUCAUUUUUCAAGCCUCACUAUACGUAUGAGAACUCACGGUGGAGAGAGGCUUUAUGAAUGUAAAGAAUGUGGCAAAGCUUUUCAUCAGUUCCCAUACCUCAUGGCACAUUUGAAAAGUUACAGUGGAGAGAGGCCUUAUGACUCUAUGGAAUUUGCAAAGCCUUUAGUCACUCCUCAGAUCUCACUGCACAUACAGAAACUCACAUGGAGAGAGGCCUUAGGAAUGCAAGGAGCGUGGGAAAGCCCUUAGUUCGCCAUGAAACCUCACUACACAUAAUGAUAACUCACAGUGGUGAGAGGCCCUUUGAACGUUAGGAAAGUGGCAGAGCCUUUUGUCAUGAUUCAAACCUCACUAUAAAUAUAAGAACUCAUAGUGGUGAGAGGCCUUGAGUAAGGAACGUGGAAAGCCGUUUGUCUCCACUGCUUACUAACCAUAAAUAACCGCACAAUGUGAGUGAACUUACGAAUGCAAGGAGUGUGCUAAAGCAUUCAUUUUUUCCUCAUCCCUCACAGAAUUCAUGGGAAAUCACCCUGUAGAUAAACAUUUUGAAUAUACGGAAUGUAGAAAAUUCUUUUGUGAAUCCUCAAACCUCAGUAACCAUGUAAAAAUUUGCAGUGCACACAGGCUUUUAAAUGCAAGGAACGUGGGAAUGUCUUCAGAUGUCCCUCAUCCUUUGGAACACAUCUGAGAAGGAUAUUGGAAACGAUAUACGUUUAAGUACUCUUGGGUAGCUUUAGUCUUUCCCUUUUUUUUUUUUUUGUCUACAUGGAAGAAGAUACAUGGCAGAGAAAGCAUGUAAGUGUAAAGAAUGUGGGGAAGUUUUUGUUUUCCUCUCCAUAUUUUCAAAAAUAUUGUAAUUUACACAUAUGGGAAAGCCUCCCCCACACAUAGGACACGUGAGUAGUGACACUGAAGAGACAUCAUGUAAAUGUUAGGUUCCUAGGAGCAUCUACAAGUCUUUUUAAAUUCUUAGUCAACAUGUGUGAUAUUGUGCUGUGGACAAAUCCUAUGAAUGUAAGAGAUGAUGGAAGCCUCCAGUGACCCUGUGACUGUAAGUAUUGUGCAAAAGCCUUCACUCACAUCAUUUCCCUUUUUGUACAGAUGGAAAUUCAUACCAGGGGAGAAAUCUUGUGAGAAAUGAUUAAGCCUCCUUUCAAUUCUAGAAGAUGAAUUUUGAGAAGUAGAGUUUGCACUUUUUUUCAUUUAUAUAAAAUGACUCUUCAUUAGAAAAUCUCAUCAACAUGUGUGUUCUGAAGGGUAUUGUUUUUUAAUCAACUAUGUUAAGUUUUAAUUUUUUUUUUAGAGUAUAAAGCAGUAUGUUUUCAUUGUAGAAAACUUAAGUAGAAAGUGUAUGAAAAAAGCAAAAAUUACUUAAAAUCUCACCACUCUUGAUGUGGUGAAAUGAGUUCCCUUAUGUGGUCUUUUUACUUGGUUCUUUGGAAAAACACAUUGACAGAUUUUUUUCCUUCCCUCAGCCUUGAGGGAACUUCACCCUGGUUUUCUACCAUAGUUACUUUUAUCCACGUUGAUAUUUCCUGUAUAAGCUGUAAACAACUUGAUGAUUUGAUAUAUUUUAUCCUGCCCUGGGCUGCAGUCUGCCCUGUAAUUGGUCUAUUUGACACACUUUUCAGGGAUUGGUCAGUUUACUAUGCAAAUUGACUAACUUGUAGUCCACAGAAGGGAUUGGUGACUUUAUGGUCAUGCAGGGAAGGCCAUGCAUUGAGAUCGACAGGGAGUUUGCUUAUUGAAGCAUCCAACCCACAGAGGAUUUUAUAGAGACAAGAACAAUGAAAGAAAGAGAGAGAAAGGAGGCAAGGAGCCUCCUACAAGAGCUUAACACAAGUCAGGGUCUGUAACAGUGAAACUGACAAGCAUCCAGGAAGAAGCCCUUCAGCAGAGCUGGCAGUGAGUGCAGAAAGCUGCUGCUAGGCAAGCGGCUGAGAGAGCUGAGCAAGCUGCUACACUGGCUGUGUGCUGCAUGAGUUAGCAGUAGAGAGGCUAACAAAGGCAGAGAAGCCUGAGGGCUCAAAAGUGGGCAGGUACAGUCAAGCAGGUGCAUACAUGGCCAAGAGAAGGGCCUGCCUGCUUGCACAGCUAAGAGGAGCUGAGAGAGUGGUCCUUCAGUGAAGAAGGGACAAAAUGAUUUGCUUAAUGGUUCUCAGAAUCCUUCCAGACCUUGCCUGUGUAUUUAUUGAUCCAGAUCCCUGGCCAUUCCUGUUACUUGAAGGUUGAUCUCAAGUUGUAGUCUGUUAAAAGCCAAAAACCAAACCCGCUACCAUGGAGUCGAUCCCUAGUAAACCACAUAACUGUGAGUAUGGUCUGUGAGUUCCGUGUGUCCACUUCAACAAAUUAUCAAACCCAGACGAGAAGUGUAGGGUGCCAUGGGGGAGGACGGCCGGAGUCAGAAGUGGUGAAGAAGGUGGAGGGUGAGGUAUGUUUGACCUCUACCCCACAGGAACAAUUUUUGUGCUGAUCCUGGUUCUUGUUGUCCCUUUGUAAGUUACACGAUUCCCUUGCACUAAAGCACACUUGGCGUUUUGGGUUUUUUGUUUUUUCCAAGUUGUUUUGCUUUUAUUAGAAUAAGGACUGUAGUGUGUGUUUAGUGUAGUAGUGGAUAUUUUUGCAUUGCAUUUUGCAUUACAUAUUCUUCCUCAGAACUACCAUAAUACCUGGUGUCAUGGAUUGAAUUGUGUACCCCCAAAAAUAUGUGUCAACUUGGUUAGGCCAUGAUCCCCAGUAUUGUGUGGUUGUCCUCCAUUUUUUGAUUGUAGUUUUAUGUUGAGAGGAUUAGGAUAGGAUUAUAACACCACGCUUACUCAGGUCACCUCCCUGAUCCAAGGUAAAGGGAGUUUCCCUGGGGUGUGGCCUGCACCACCUUUUAUCGCUCAAGAGAAAAAAGGAAAAGGAAGCAAGCAGAGAGUUGGGGACCUCAUUCUACCAAGAAAGCACCAGGAACAGAGCGCAUCCUUUGGACACGGAGUCCCUGCAGCUGAGAAGCUCCUCCAGCGGGGAAGAUUGAUGAUAGAGACCUUUCUCCAGAGCCAACAGAGAAAGAAAGCCUUCCCCUGGAGCUGAUGCCCUGAAUUUGGCAUAACCUGCUAGACUGUGAGAAAAUAAAUUUCUCGUUGUUAAAGCCAUCCACUUGUGGUAUUUCUGUUAUGGCAGCACUAAAUAACUAAGACAGAAUUUGGUACCCGGGGUGGGGUGCCUCCAGGAACUUACUGGUGGAGCUAGGUUUGUUGACCCACAGAGCAAGAAAGCUGAGUGCCUGUGUGCAGGAGGCUUCCUGGCAGAGUGGGGUGCCUCUGGGUACUUAUCGGUGGAGCUUCAGAGCUUUGGAACCCUUGCCCCAGCAGGGCAGACGUGGGCAAGAGGCCAAGAAACAAGGAAGCAGAAGCUGAAAAGACAACACAAGAAGCCGAGCUGCCUUAGUCUCAAAAGGUAUGGCCAGGACCUCAGGGAUUUCAAAGAGUGGAGCCAUGGCCUCUGGUGUUUCUAAGGGUGGAGUUGCCACUCAGAUGGACUCAGAGAAUGGUACACCUAAAACCAAGAGAGCAGAAGUGCUGUCCCAGUGGGCUUGGAAGGCGGAGCUGAAGCCCAGGGCUGAGGGGCCUCCACUCAGAAUCCGGAGAGUGUGGCCAAUACCUAGAGGCUGGAGGACAGGGUUAUUGUGUAAAUUGUCUCAGAGAACAGAGGAUUAUUUUCAGAGCUUUGAGGGCUAAUGUAAUGUGUUCUGCUGACUUGCUUCUUUCUCUUCAGUUUCUCCCAUUUGUAAUGGAAAUGUCUAGCUUGUGCCUGUUCUGCCAUUGUACCAUUGGAAGCAGAUAACUUAUAUUCUAGAUUUCACAGAUGAAGAAGAAUUUUUGGAUUUUGGACUUGGAGUUAAGACUUUUGCUAUGAUAUGAUGGGGUGAAUAUGUUUUGCAUGUUACAAGGAUGUGAUUUUGGGGGGGGGCCAAAGGGUGGAAUGUCAUGGAUUGAAUUAUGUCCCCCCCAAAAUAUGUGUCAACUUGGUUAGGCCAUGAUUCCCAGUAUUGUGUAUUGUCUUCCAUUUUGUGAUUGUAAUUUUAUGUUGAGAGGAUUAGGGUGGGAUUGUAACACCAUCCCCACUCAGAUCACCUCCCUGAUUCAAGGUAGUUUCCCUGGGGUGUGCCCUGCACCACCUUUUAUCUCUCAAGAGAUGAAAGGGAAGCAAGCAGAGAGUUGGGGACCUCAUACCCCCAAGAAAGCAGCACCAGGACCAGAGUGCGUUCUUUGGACACAGGGUCCCUGCGCCUAAGAAGCUCCUCCACCAGGGGAAGAUUGAGGACAAGGACCUUCCUCCAGAGCUGACAGAGAGUGAAAGCCUUCCCUUGGAGCCAACACCCUGAAUUCGGACUUGUAACCUACUAGACUGUGAGAAAAUAAUUUAUCUUUGUUAAAGACAUCCACUUGUGAUAUUUCUGUUAUGGCAACACUAGAUAACCAAGACACCCGGUUUAAUGGUGAGGAAGCUACACAGAAAGUUUUAAUCCAAAAUCAUCCCAGAGAUGAUCUGGUGACAAGCAGAGUUUGCAUGGAAGGACAGUGCAUUCUGGGCGUUCAAGGUGAUGGUAGACACACACAGAGCCACAACCUGAGCUCACUGCAGUGUUACUUCUGUCCUGCACUGGCACAGAGCCUGUGCUCAGUUACAGAGUCCUUGUUUUGGUAACUCUGACAGUUCAAGGGUAUGCACCAGGCUAGGAAUUGAUGCUAUAGUUGCUGGACUUAGCUGGAAAACUGCUGCCCUGCAGCAGGGCCUGGAGAAUCUGGGAGCCCAGAUAGGGUUCCUGUAUUAGAAGGGACAAGGCAAGGGGCUUUUGGGCCAGAGGUUUGUCCAAUGUCAGUCUUCCCUACACUGAGCUGGGAGCUGCUUCACUGAUUACUUAUGUAAGGGUCCUGGGAAAUAGUGGCUACAGGUAGCAGAAGCCAUCCAAUAAGAUGGUACCUUGACCCAGCAAUUGCCUUGUAGAAUUGUUCCAUGGAAAUCUCUAGGCACCAUGAUGAUAUCUAUUGAUAGUAGUGAUAGUGGAAACCACAAAAGUCAGUAUCCACCAGGAAAACAGUAUUUAAACACUUGUCCAUGCAUUAAAAUAUUGAAUUGCCACCAAAUGACUUUUUUUUUUUAAUUUUGCAAGAGUAAUUAACUUUUGGAACUAAAUCUUAUAACCAGUAGCAAGCACAAUGAAAGUACAGAAUAGUACCUCCCUUCCCUCCAAAAACUUCUCUCAUGCUUUUCCUUUUAAGUCAAACCUUCCCCAGACGAUGAAUCCCGGCAACUAUGUCUAUAUGUCUAUACAUAUAACUUUUUUCUUCUGGUUUCUUUCACUUAGCAUAAUGCAUCUGAGAGCCAUCUAAGCUGAUGAAUAUAUGGAUAGUUUAUUCCUUUUUCUUGCUGUGUACCAUUUAGUUUUAUAGACAUACCAUAGUUUGUGUAUUCACCUUAAGGACAUGUGGAUUUCCAGUUGCUAUUAAUAAAGCUGAUAUAAAUAUUUCUGCAAAGCUUUUGUGUGACCAUAAAUUUUUUAUUUUU